GUGAGUCAGUUUUUACGUUCUGAGUGUGUGCAUGAAAAACUUCAUAUUAAUUCAAGUCCAAUACGACACAGUCAACCGGUCAAAGUUCAAAUAAAUCGACAACACGCAACACCAACCACUUCUGUUCUUCUUCUUUCUUUGACUCCACUUCACCUUUUUUUUUCUUUUUGCCUCUCUAACAUAUCUUGAAUAAUUCUACGAGCAUGGAGAAAGAAAAGAAACAAGAAGAAAAGCUGGUGAAGAAGAAGAAAGCUAUUAUGCACGCUCAUGAUAACGAUAACACAGUGAUGAGAAUGGCUUCAAUUGCUAUAAGCUUGAACGCGAGGUUGAAAGCUUCUGACAUGCCUCUUCACAUGCAAGAACAUGCUCUUCACUACACAAGAUCACUUAUCACCCAUGGCCAUCACCACCAUCCUUCCAAUAAGCCCACACACACACACUUAGCAAGAGAACUCAAAAAGGAGUUCGAUUCGAUGUACGGACCAGCGUGGCACUGUGUGAUUGGGACGAGUUUCGGGUCUUAUGUGAGUCACACUGGUGGCGCAUUCUUCUACUUUUCCAUUGACUCACUCUCCGUUCUUCUCUUUAAAACGGAGGUUUACUUGGUCACGCCGCCACCACCACCUCCUCAUACCUUUUGUGCUAACCUUAAUAAAUGUGAUAUAUAUAUGCAUGGUUAUGAUUCUGGGUUAUAUAGAUAA